AUGGCAUGUCGAGGUUUAUCGUUGCAACAAAUGCUUGAUUUUAUUGAAGAGCUUGACGAAGCAGGUGAUCAAAAUGAUGUACCAGCUACUAUUUAUAUUGAACCUCCUGUGGAUGGCAAUAUAUCUGAUGAAGAUGAUGCGGAAGACGAAUCUGGGGGAAUACCAGAUAAUGUUUGUCCCGCUCAGCUUAAAAGCGGAUGUGAAGUUGUAAUGGCUAGUGGACGACGUUUACAAAAUUUUGAUGAAGAUGAAAUUGGAGUUCCAAAUAUCGAAGAUUUGCCCGUCGUUAUUGUGGAAAAAGAAUAUAAAAGUAUGGAUUUUAAUGGUCAACCUUCAGCAUCCAAUUGUACAUCACCAGACAGAAAGCGGUUACGUAGAGUGACACCAAAAUCUUCAAAUGUUUCACUGCCACAAAGUAAUAAACAAACAACAUUUCAAUGGAUAAAAGAUGACGCGUCAUCUCUUAUUCCCAUUUUCCCAGAUGCAAAUUACGAGGAUUGUCGUUAUUUACUACCGCAUCAGCAAUUUGAAAAGUUUUUCGAUGAUGAAUUAUUGGGACACAUUUGCGAACAAAGUGCAAUGUAUGCGAUCGGAGAGAAUAGACCUAACCCAAGCAUAACAGUCGGCGAACUUCGAGCAUUUAUUGGCAUAUUGGUCAUUACGGGAUACAAUAACCACGCCAAUUUCAGAAAUCUAUGGAGUCAAGAUGGAGAUAUUCGCAACAGCUUAGUGAGUAACACAAUGCGUCGAAAUAGAUUUCAGGAAAUUUUGCAAAAUCUUCACUUCGAAGACAACUCUAAUGCUUCUUCAAAAAACGGCGACGCCAAUCCCGAUAAAAUGUGGAAAUUGCGACCAUUGACUGAUCAUUUAAAAGCGAAAAUGAUUGAUCAUUUUCAUGCCGAACAAAAUCUAUUCUUUGACGAAAGUAUGAUUUCCUACUUUGGCAGACACGGAUGUAAGCAGUUUAUCAAGGGCAAACCAUUACGUUUUGGGUAUAAAGUUUGGUCCCUUUGCACUCCAUCGGGCUAUAUUGUGAACUUCGAAAUUUACCAAGGAAAGAAUCCUCGUGCAAACGAAGAUUAUGAAGCGAAGUUUGGAAAAUGA